AAUUAACUCACACUUACACAUAUUUCAAAGUAAUUUCUAUUUCUCUAGAAGACGCAUCAAUGUUGAUAAUUCCAAUUAAUGUAUAUGUUGACCACAUCCAUCAUCCAACCCCAAUCCAACAGAGAGAUGGCGAUUAUGAGGUGUAUGGAGGUGCAAAAUCCGAGCCGGGAUAUGAGGUGGACGAAUUCAAAGCCUGGCUCCGGUGGUUUGACGCUGAUCAAGACGGACAGAUAAGUAGGGAAGAGCUUAAUGACGCUCUCCAUAGCGCGAGGACUUGGUUUGCAUGGUGGAAAGCACGACAAGGAAUGAAAGCAGCGGAUGACAAUCAUGAUGGCCGGAUUGACAACAGCAAGGAAAUGGAGAAGCUCGUGAGUUAUGCUUAAAAUCACUUGCACAUGAAAAUCCACGAAAACGAUUGGUAAUACUUUGAGCUUAAAAGUUUUAUCAUGUGUUCUUUUUAAUAUAUAAAGAAUUUAUUUUUUA